AUGUUGGCCUCGUCCGACGAGAUCAAGGUUGCCCCUCACGACUCUCACUCCCCCGAUACACAGACAGCCGAGCUAGAAGACCGGUUCGAAGUCUUCAAGAAGGGAGAUGGCCAAGUUGAUUUCCGUACCGUGAGCUGGAUCCGGGCGGGUGUGAUCUUUCUGAAGAUCAUCUUCGCAACGGGUGUGCUCUCUAUUCCAUCACUGAUGUAUGAACUGGGCGCGUUUCCUGGCGCCGUCAAUGUCGUCGGCUGGACUCUCCUGAACACGUACUGCGCCAUCGUCCAGGGCAAUUUUCGCAACAAAUAUCCGGGCUGCCACUCUAUUGCCGACAUGGCUCAGAUUGUCGGCGGCCCCCUUUUGAAAGAGCUCUGCGGUGUUCUGUUCACCAUUAGCUACGUGAUUGUAGCUGCCUCGGGCAUUAUCGGUGUCUCGACCGCGCUCAAUGCGCUGUCACUACACUCCAUCUGCACCGUUUGGUUUUCAUUUAUUGCGACCGUGAUCAUCGCUGGCUGUGCGAGUGUUCGCAAGUUUUCUCACAUUGGCUGGUUGACGUGGGUUGGGUUCGCCAGUGUCUAUAUUGCGGUAUUCAUCAUUGUAAUUGGUGUCACGACGAGGGAUCGACCCGCCGCUGCACCACAGACAGGCGAUUUCGAUCUGGGCUACCGAGUCAUCGGCAAUCCUAGCUUCACCACGGGAAUCACUGCAGCAGCAACAAUCUUUGUGUCUAGCGCAGCGACAUCUGCAUUCCUGCCCGUGAUCUCCGAAAUGCGUAAGCCGAAGGACUACCCGAAGGCUGUCUAUAUGAGUAUGAGUCUGGUGACCGCGUCCUACCUGACUUUCAGCCUGGUCAUCUACGCCUGGUGUGGCAAAUGGAUCGCGUCGCCAUCACUCGGCAGCGCAGGUACAACAGUAAAGCGGGUCGCGUACGGCAUCGCAUUGCCGGGCCUGAUCAUCAGUGGUUGUCUGUACGUGCAUGUCGCGGCGAAGUACAUUUUCGUCCGAAUCCUGCGCAAUUCGCGACAUCUUCAGGCGAAUACGGUCGUCCACUGGGGUACUUGGUUGAGUUGCACCCUUGGGAUGGCUGCCAUCUCUUUCAUUCUGGCUUGUGCCAUUCCCAUUUUUAAUUAUGUGUUGGCCCUGGUUGGCAGCCUCUGCUUUGCGCCGCUGGCUAUCAGUCUCCCAGGGUGGCUCUGGUUGUAUAGCCAUUCCGAGUAUUUGAAAGGGAGUAUGUGGCGCAAAACAGUGUAUGGACUGCACAUACUGUUGGUAUUGCUCGGACUGUUCAUGACGGUGGGCGGCACAUAUGGGGUGAUUAUUCAAAUCAACGAGGCGUAUCGAGAUGGGCAGAUCUCGUCGGCAUUUUCCUGCGCCGACAACAGUGGGUCGGUGGGGACCUAA